AUUAUUGUUUUCAGGAAUUUUACUUUGAAAACGUUUGCCCGGAUGUGCCGUGGCUUUAUUAUUUCCGUGUUCUUAACUGGUGACAAAUACAAGCUCCUAAAGUUGCGAUGGUAAAAGACUAGUAGGGAUAUGGUUGGUAAUAAACCAAAUGUUCUGGGGAUUUAAUGGUUUGAACCAGUAUCCAGAGGGCAGUGGUAACCGUAACACUGUGACGUGGCAAUUUUGCUGAAGACCGAGCAGUUUUUUGGAGGCCUGGGGGUAAAGCUAACAGUCAAGCUAACGAUAAAUAUCCAUUAUGUCUUGGGAAGAAUUGCCUUGCUUUCUGGCCUCGCCUCUGCCCGGUUUCUUUGCUGUCUGAUCUGCGUUGGGCAACAAAGGAAGCAGGUAACUUGAAACUCUACUGUCAAUGCUGCGCGGGAGAAAAAUAUAAAUUACUCAACACCAACGGGUUUACUGUAGCUUGUUAGCUUGUGGGCCAUGGCGGACAGCUUUGGAGAUGAGUCCAGCAGCAGUGCCCUAGGCUUAGACGUUACUACGGGACAGGGGAGCGGAGCCUCACAGCUUCCGAUUUUGUCUAACUCUCUGCCGGUGGGAAUGUCGGCAACUGGCGGUGUGCACUCCAGCUCCAACCCGACCUCUCCGCCUCUUGCUGUCGCCGCGCAGAGUGGCCUAACAGCUGUGGUGGCCCCUAUGUCCGCUGUCACUGCUACCCCGGUCAGUUUUGGGAACACAUUGACUCCCGGCUCUUCACCACCAGUCGUGGCCGUGUCUCCCACAUUGCAUGCCUCCUCGCCUCUCCCCGGUGUUGGGCUAGGGGCGGCAGGAGCGGGCCUCCUAUCUCAAAUCAAUGCCACUUCCUGGGACCCAACUCUUAGCACGGAUUGGGACAACGAAAAAGCUUCCCAGCAGUGCAUCCUGAGGAUAAAGAGGGAUAUCAUGUCCAUCUACAAGGAACCUCCACCAGGGAUGUUCGUGGUCCCUGAUCCUCAGGACAUGACCAAGAUCCAUGCCCUGAUCACAGGGCCAUUUGACACGCCAUAUGAGGGUGGCUUCUUCCUCUUCCUGUUCCGCUGUCCCCCUGACUAUCCAAUUCAUCCACCACGGGUCAAGCUCAUCACCACUGGGCACAACACUGUCCGUUUCAAUCCCAACUUCUACCGCAAUGGCAAAGUAUGCCUCAGCAUCCUGGGGACAUGGACAGGGCCGGCAUGGAGUCCAGCUCAGAGUAUCUCAUCUGUGCUCAUCUCAAUCCAGUCUCUGAUGACGGAGAACCCCUAUCACAAUGAACCUGGCUUUGAACAGGAGCGUCACCCAGGGGACAGUAAGAAUUACAAUGAGUGCAUCCGCCAUGAAACCAUGAGAGUGGCUGUGUGUGACAUGCUGGAGGGAAAAGUUCUUUGUCCUGAAGCUUUGUUGAGUGUGAUGGAGAAGUCCUUCCUUGAAUACUAUGAUUUCUACGAGGGCGUUUGCAAAGAGAGAUUGCAUCUGCAGGGGCAGAACAUGCAGGACCCAUUUGGGGAGAAGCGUGGCCGUUUUGACUACCAGGGCUUGUUGGCUCGUCUCGGCGCAACCCACAGACGACUGCGAGAGAAAAACCUGGCAGAGGAUAACCACAAUGACAACGACUCGGACUCAGACACCAGCUCUUCAGGGACAGACCCCGACAGUCAGGGCAGCUCACAGCCCUGACUUCUUGGACAGUGCUAGACUUAUAGCCGAAAACUAAAGACAAGAGAACUGUUUUUUUGUGUAUCUUUUUUUCUUUUGCUGCAUCGGAGCAACAUCACGGAAGACGAUGUGAGUCUUUCUUGGGAAUACGAUUGGAAUCGAGUAUCUAUUGUAUAAAUAAUACAGAAAACUAAAGAAGAGGUGGUUCCUUUUUGCUGAAAAUAAUAAAAAACAAACAAACAAAAAAACAGCAAUCUGCAAGCCAAGUGCUGGAAAGCUUGACCUGCAGCUUUGGAUUUGUGCUACUUGUAGCUAGCCAGUUACCAUUUUGAUCUGCGACUCUAAAAGCUCAAUUUGACAUUCUGGAUACUUGUGAAAAGAAAAGGUUAUAGUGACGGCUUGAACCUUCUAUGAUGUUCCACUUUGAUCCCCAAGCACAAACAUGUUUUCUAUCUUUUCCACACCAAUGAAAUACUGUCUGUUAGGGACCUGUGAAGAGGAGGCCUGAAGCUUGGAGCUGGUUUAAGCAAAAUCAAAGGACCUUAUCCUGGGAAUGUCAGGAUGAUCGGCCUGAUUUGGUUGAAGCAGGGUAAGAUCAAAGAAGGUGCUCCCCGUCUUUGAUUUCAAGAGGGAAGGCAAAGUUAUCCUGUGUAACGCGGAAGAUGGAGAAAGUGACUGCAGUGGAUUUGUGAGUCAGUGCCUUGUCUCCUCUAAGUGUAAAGCCAUGCCAGACCUCUUCCAGACUUAACAUCAAUUGUUUCUUCAGUCAGGCCACAAAAACAAAAAAAAAUAAAAAUAAAAAUUCAGCAGCUCUGGAUUUCUACAAUAUUUCUUGUGUAUUAGCCUCUACAAAAUGUUCUGUUUAGCUUUCAGCUCUAAUUGUCCUGUUGAAUUGGUGCUUAGAGAAGGAGACAUUUUAAUUUCAUUAACAUCAUUAUGCCUUUUUGUUAUUUUUCUUUGCUGUAAUCAGACAUCAGACUAACAAUACCUUAAAAUAUGUACGAUGCAUUAUUUGUAAUCCUAGCUGGGGUUUGGGUUUUUUUGUUUUUAAUCAGUCAAUUUUUCAAACCAAAUUGUCUCACACUUUCACUAGAUUAACUUUAAUUCAGGGAAAUUAAUGGAAGGAAUACAAAACUCUGUUCUUGUAUGGACAGUGAAUUAACCCAACCAGUUUGUUCUUCUCAGGCUUUUUCUAUGCUUUGGUAGUUGUUUCUCCAUCAUCCAACCCUUGAAGGUAGCUGUCGCAGUAAACUAAUAUUCAUUUGUUAUUUCAGGUUUCUGCUUUUCACCAAUAAAUGACAGUCACGGCACCAUUGGAGUUACACAAUCACAAGGUACUAAAGUGACAGGUGUUGCUGCUUAUGCUCUGAACUCAACGAGAGGGUUUUCUCUUGGGGAAACAAAGGGGCACAGAGAGAGGAGGAAAAUGCUUGGUUGACAUGCUGAGAUUUUUCCUUCUGUCUUUAUACAAUACUCAUAUUUGCACUGAAAGAAAUGUGUGUGUGGUGGCGGAAAAGCCUUCAUUUCAGGACAUCAUUAGGUCAAUGUAAUGAUGCUUCAGAUGAGCACCUUCAUCCUGGUAAACAGUUUAUUGGUGUUUUUCUGUAGGCCAUGUUUGUAUCAGGACUUAGACCCACAUUACAACUUGGCAAGAAAACAAACUAUUGUAACAUUAACGAUACCCAGUUGUUUUUCACUUCAAUGACUGCAGCUUGUAAUAGCUUCAGUUUAAUUCUUUAAGAUCUGCUCUGAAGAAGAGGAAUGAUAUUGAUAUCCUUUGUCAUUGUGCCUGCAGCAUAUAAGUUGAUGGCACUAAAAAAAAUAAAAUGCGAUUUUUGAAAGUUCUUUAAGUUGAAUGAGAAGGUGCAUUGUGCUCUUAAGCUGUCCCAUGAGUAAACUUGUGAAGUUGUUUUUCUGACUGUGCUAAAUGUGUACUUUUACAUCAACACGAUUGCUACAAAGAUGCUGUUUCAUUUCAUUGCUCAAAUUCUUACCAAAACCUUUCCUUUGAUAGCCAUUUCCAUUGUUCAAUAAAGCAAUAUUUGCUUUAAUCAA